UCUCAUCGGACCAAACCUUCCCUUCCAAGUUCCAAUCAUGGCUUUCUACAUCUUCAGAAUCAAACGCCUCUUUUCUCUCUUAAUGAUCACCGGUUUGUUCUCAGUACCAAGCCCAUUUACCAGUACUGCUGCUAUAUCCUUCAACAUCACCAGUUUCAACUUUGUUGACUCCCCUAUAAGAUAUGAGAGAGCUUUCCCUGAAGAACAACUCCUCCAACUCACCGGCAACAAGGACAAUUUAGUGUUUCAAGUAGGUCGAGCCACAUAUUUCAGUCCUAUGCACCUGUGGGACAAGGCAUCCGGAAAGCUCACAGAUUUUACUACCAAUUUUUCGUUUGUAAUUGAUUCUCAACAGAAAACUAGUUAUGGAGAUGGGCUUGCGUUCUUCCUAGCACCUAAUGGUUCAACAAUUCCUAAUGUCACACAAGGUGGCGCUAUGGGUCUCACCAACGAUAACGAGCCAUUAAACUCGACGGACAACCCUUUUGUCGCGGUGGAGUUUGACAUCUAUUCAAACACAUGGGAUCCGCCUGGCGUACAUGUAGGUAUUGAUAUAAACUCCAUGCUAUCGGUUGCUAAUGUCUCAUGGUUGGGGGGUAAUAUUUCUAUUAUGGGUGGGAGAAUUAAUGAAGCUCGGAUUAAUUAUAAUUCUAGUUCUCAUAAUUUGAGUGUUCUCUUCACUGGUCUCAUAAACAAUGCUACUGUAUGGCGGUACCUUUCUUAUAAUAUUGAUUUGAGAGAUCCCCUACCUGAAUGGGUAACUUUUGGAUUCUCAGCCGCAACAGGAAGUUCUACUGCAAUGCAUACCAUUCGCACAUGGGAUUUUAGUUCAACUUUGGAAGAUAUUGUAACCAAACCAAGGAAAAACAACAGGUUGGGAUUAGCCAUUGGGUUGGGUGUUGGCGGGUCUUUUUUGGUUGGUGGGUUUGCUUUAAUCCUGUUUUGCUUGUGGAAGAGGAAUAAUAGUUAUACACUAGAGGAUCUUGCCUUUGAUAGGUGCAUGGAUGACGAAUUUCAAAGAGAAACAGGACCAAAGAGGUUCUCAUUUAAAGAAUUAGCUCAUGCCACCAAUAAUUUCAAUGAUGAAGAGAAGCUAGGCCAGGGAGGAUUUGGUGGGGUUUAUAGAGGAUUUUUACGGGACUUGAACUCCUUCGUUGCUGUUAAGAGGGUAUCAAAAGGGUCUAAACAGGGGAUAAAAGAAUAUGCAUCAGAAGUUAAAAUUAUAAGUCGAUUAGGACAUAGGAAUUUAGUGCAACUCAUUGGCUGGUGCCACGAAAGAGGAGAACUCUUACUCGUCUAUGAGUUCAUGCCAAAUAGAAGCUUAGACACACAUCUUUUUACAGGAGAAAGCUUAUUGAUAUGGGCAAUGAGGUACAAGGUUGCUCAAAGAUUGGCGUCGGCCUUGCUUUACUUGCAUGAAGAAUGGGAGCAAUGCGUUGUGCAUAGGGAUAUAAAAUCAAGUAACAUUAUGCUUGAUUCAGACUUUAAUGCUAAACUUGGAGAUUUUGGGUUAGCUAGGCUUGUGGACCACCUGAAAGAGUCACAAACCACUGUUUUAGCAGGCACCAUGGGCUACAUGGCUCCUGAAUGUGUCACAACCGGAAAGGCUAGUAAGGAGUCAAAUGUCUAUAGUUUUGGAAUUGUCGCUCUAGAAAUUGCUUGCGGGAGAAAACCAAUCAAGCACAACGCCCCUGAAGAUCAAGUAGUCAUGGUGGAGUGGGUUUGGGAGCUCUAUGGAAUAGGAAAGGUACUUGAAGCAACUGACCCACGGCUUGGCGGAGAUUUUGAUGAGCAGCAAAUGGAGCGCUUGAUGAUUGUUGGGCUUUGGUGCGCUCACCUUGAUCGCGACCUUAGGCCUUCAAUAAGACAAACAAUUCAUGUUCUCAAUUUUGAGACUCCAUUGCCUGUUCUCCCAUCAAAUAUGCCAAGGCUAGAACAUCUUGCUCCAGCAGUGAAUAGACAUGCAAUGUCACUUUAUGUGUCCGGUGCUGCUACUAAUUAUGAGGGGGGACAAAAUCAAUAUUCAAGCAAUAAUUACACCAAUUCCACUGUGUUCACUUCAUCCUCUACAGCUUUUCAAUCUGCAUCGCUUUUACAUACGCGUUAAAUUGGUCAGAGGUACACUUAAUCUGGGAUUCUUAUUGAUUGAUUAGGUGUUCAAUUUUUCUCCAACAUUGUCACAUAUGUGCUUUAUUUUACAUUCUUUGUACACGAUAUACAUGUAUUUUUUGCUUUCAACCUGAAAUAUGACUUU